AUGGCCUCCCUCCAGAACCUCUACAGCAGCCGGAGUCUGCAACCAGGCUACGGGUCAAACUACAACGUCGACUAUGUCAUCCACUACCAGAUCCCCCAGACCGACCGCCAUGAGGCCGAGGCCGCUUACGUCCGUCUCAUCGAAGCCCUCGUCAACGUCGGUCUGACCACCGAGGUGCGCCCCGGCGACGCCGACUCCCUGCUCAUUUUCGUCAAGAUCGCCUCCGACAAGGUCUUGAGCGACCAGAUCUACCGCUCACGCCUCGGUGACUGGCUUCAUGGCGCCCGCACCGUCGGCCCCGACCAGGAGCUCUCCGCCACCCUCAAGAGCGAACCCGUGACCGAGGCCGAGCGUCUGCGUCUCGUCUACCUCCUCAUGACGAAGCCCCGCAACGAGGGCGGCGCCGGCAUCACGCCCGGCACAGGCGCCUGGAAGCACGUCGCCGGCCUCUUUCCCUUGCACAACCACGACUUCAACCGCAAGCUCAUUCAGAAGAUGAGCACAAAGUACACCAUUGACGACGACGACCUCGACGGCAUCCGCAACACCUUUGGCGAGAACGUCGCCUUUUACUUCGCCUUCACCCAGUCCUACUUCACCUUUCUCGUCUUCCCCGCCGCCGCCGGCUUCUCUGCCUGGCUGCUGCUCGGUCAGUUCUCGUGGUUUUACGCCCUCGCGAGCUGUCUGUGGUCUGUCGUCUUUUUCGAGUUCUGGAAAAAGAAGGAAAUCGAUCUUGCCGUGCAGUGGGGUGUCCGCGGCGUCUCCAAAAUCCAGACUCCGCGCCCGCAGUUCGAGUUUGAGCACGAGGCCGAGGACCCCGUCACGGGCGAGCCCGUCAAGGUCUACUCGCCCUUCAAGCGCCUACAGACCCAGCUCCUGCAGAUUCCCUUUGCCGUCGCCUGCAUUCUGGUGCUGGGCACCCUCAUCGUGACCUGCAACUCGCUCGAGAUCUUCAUCAAUGAGGUCUAUAACGGCCCAUUCAAGCAAUAUCUGGCCUUCCUCCCCACCGUCAUUCUCGUCGUCAUGACGCCUACCUUCAGCACUGUUCUGCUGAAGUUCGCCGAGCACCUCACACAGAUGGAAAACUACGAGACGAUCGACGCCCAUCACGCCGCCCUCGUUCAGAAGCAGUUCGUCCUGAACUUCCUCACGUCGUACAUGGCCCUGUUCUUCACGGCGUUCAUCUACAUACCCUUUGGCAACCUGCUCCUGCCAUACCUCGACUUCUGGCGCGCCGCCGCCCAAAAGAUCGCGCCCAGCGACAAGUUCUCCACCCAGGAGUUCGUCAUCAACCCGGCCCGCAUCAGCAACCAGAUGUUCUACUUCACCGUGACGGCCCAGGUCGUCAAUUUCUUGACCGAGACUGUCCUCCCCUACGUCAAGCGCAAGGUCCUCGACGAGGCCAAGGAAGUUCAGGCCAAGAUUUCGAGCAGCAGUGCCGGUCCCAAGGUCCCCGAUGUUCCCGAGGAGGCUGACUUCCUCGCACGCGUCCGUAGCGAGGUUCUUCUGCCCACGUAUAACGUGACGGAUGAUUACCGCGAGAUGGUCAUCCAGUUCGGCUACCUGUCGCUCUUCUCCGUGGCCUGGCCCCUGACAGCGUGCUGUUUCCUGAUCAACAACUGGGUCGAGCUGCGGUCUGACGCCGUCAAGAUUGCCAUCAGCAGCAGGCGUCCCAUCCCGUGGCGCGCCGACUCGAUCGGCCCGUGGCUCGAUGCUAUUGGUUUUCUGUCGUGGCUCGGCACCCUGACCAGCGCCGGCAUCGUCUCGCUGUGCAGCGGCAAGAACCCUGACGGGCCAGCCGGCGCGCGAUCCGACAUCAAUGCUGUGGCUGUACUCCUCAGCGUCUUCCUCGCCGAACACUUUUACCUCGUCGUGCAGAUGGCCGUCCGCUUCGUCAUGACCAAACUCGAGAGCGCCGGCCUGCAAAAGGAGCGCAAGGAGCGGUAUCUCAUGAAGAAGAGGCUUCUCGAGGAGAACCUGCACCAGGCUGUUGACGAGAAGGCGGCGAACCCGGGCAUCGCCAAGAGCGACAAGAUCACGCGCGAGGCGCUGGAGGACGAGGCCCGCAGGGCUUCGGUCCGUGGAAGUGGCGGUUCAGACGAGAUGUUCUGGCAGCGCCAGCGAGGCAUUGACGACACGGUCCAGAUCGGUCGGUCUCUGAUCUCCAAGGUGGGUUCCUCGUGA